AUGCAAUUUGAAAGGAAAGCUUUGAUAAUUGUGAUAUUGUUUAUUUACAUUAUUUUGAGUGUUAAUGCUCAAAAUUUGACUUGCCAGAUGAUGAUGUGCACUAGACCAGACAAUAUUGAAGCUAUUGCUACAUAUACAAAUGCAAAUGAAUUAGCAGAUGCAGAAGGUCAUAUGGCAUCUAAUUGCCCAGGAGUAACUAAUAUCAUCAAAUGCGAUAUUAGUUGUACUGGGCCAUAUAACCCUAGAAAUUUAUCCACAUAUUAUAUUUGGAAAAAGUGUGCACCUCAAGCUGCCUGUGUAUAUUAA